UAAAACUUGAAAAUUAUUUACAAAAAUUAAUGAAUGUAUUGUUUUAUUGAUUAAGUGUAAACCAUUCCGAUCUUAUAAUUACCAAGUAAGUAUAAAUACAUUGUCUUCCGAAAAAUGAGCAGUAUUUUUCGUUUCGGCUACCAUGAAACAACUUAUUUCAAUACUUCUGAUAUGCUUUCUAAUCCAAAUCGAAGCUUUCCGUUCCCCUUGGGAUCCCGCUCUUCCCGAAGUCUCCAACUUCACCCCCGUUAAAGGUCGACCUCUCCUUUUACCAGCCAACUACACGAAAGUGCAACUACGAGCGAUGGUUGGUAUCCUCUUUGUCGACACUUUCACUCAACUUCGCAACGUUGACGAAAUCCGGAUCUUCCAAAGCAACCUUAAAGGGAUCGAAGCAGGCUCAUUGUGCACUCCUCCCACUCUCAGAGUUCUUGAGCUGGAUUUUAGCAUCAACCAAAAUCCCCCUGUUAUCAAAAAGAGCACUUUUGCCAACUGUGGCAACAAUCUGGAAUCACUCACAGUGAUUUUCAACGAUAUUUACAGACCACGACUUAGUGAAGACACCUUUCAUAAUUUACACAGCCUCAAAGAGUUGGUUUUGAGGAACCAAAACAUCGAUCAUUUGACCAAAAGAUGGUUCACCAAUUUGAGGUGGUUGCAAGUGUUGAUUUUGGAUAAUUGUCGGAUUCAACAAAUCGAUCCGAAUGUUUUUGUAGGGUUGAAUAAUUUGAGGCGACUUGAAAUCACUCAUAAUCGGGGGCUGACUUAUUUACCAAGGAAUCUCUUUCAACACACUCCUGUUUUGGAACUUUUGCUUUUGGUGGCCAAUAGGAUCACGGAUAUUACUUGGAAUGAGUUUGAAGGGUUGAAUCAGUUGAAGGAGUUGAGUCUUGCGGCCAAUAGAAUCGAUUAUUUCGAUGCCACAAAGGUGGCAAGGUUUAUGCCUAAAUUGCAGAAGAUUUUUAUUGAACAGAAUAUGGGGUCCUGUAGGAAGAAGCUGGAAUUUAAAAAUAAAUUGGAAGCUAAGCUGGAUCAUCCUAUACAUGUGCAAUAUACUCUGGAUCCUGGAUCUUACGACGACUGCAAACAUUUCGACGACUGAAGCUAUAAAAUUGGUACUUAUUGUAUUAUUUUGAAUAAGUAAGAAUUUAAUAAAAAACUGAAAUGAA